AUGCCGCCUAAACCCGCGACCACCGCCCGGAAAUCAAAUUCGACCACCCCUAUUACAUCACCUCCUCUCUCCACCGCUUCCGCCGCCGCUAUUCCACCGCCACCCACCGCCGUUCGAGAAACAAUAUCACCACAUGCUGCAGCUCUCGCUCCCCAGGCUCAGCCGCAAGGCCAACAACAAGCCCUAGCAUCCAAUUGGGGACUCGUGAACUCCGAUUCCUUGAACAUCGACGAUAACAGAAACGAGGGAUUGGGGAAUUCCAUUGAACCCGGGAAGCCCGGUAUCGAGCAUUUCGGGUCGGAGAAAAUAAUUCCCGUCGAGACCGGAGCUUCCGUGGGGAGCGGAGGUGGAGGGAUGAGUGCGACCAAUCCUUAUCGUGCGUCAGAAGGAAGGUCCCAGCUGCAGGCUGAGGGUUCUGUAGAGCCCGUAACCAGGCCCAACAAUGCCGUGGAUGGCGUGGCCGGGCCCGGAAAGGUGAAGAAGACAAUAGUGAAGAAGGUCGUUAGAGUUGUGAAGAAGGUGGUAAAGAAGAGGGUGCCGAAGAGAGCUCCCACUGUGAUAGCUGAAGAGAGUGAGGUAACAAAAAGUUCUGAUUUUGAUAACAAAUCUGAUUCUGUAGAUGAGUUAAUAGAGAAACCCGGGAUAGUAAGUGAGGCCGAGGGCACUCCGGACACAGCCGAUGAGGUUGCUGAAAAUUCGAAUGUGGCUAAUGAUAAUGUAAACGAAGCUGCGCAAACCGGCAGUAGUAAUGAGGUUUUGGAAGAGGCAAAUUUAGCAGACAAUAAGAAAUCAGAAGUUUUUAUUAAUUGUGUGAGUGUGUCCGAACCCGUUUCAAGGGAGAACGAUAAAGAUGCUAGUGGUAGUGUUUCUGGUGAAAGUGCUCAAGACCGUAUAAGGCCUGAUAAUGAUGAAAGUGGGUUGAAUACUUUACACACUAACAAUAUGAAAAGUGAUGAUUCUAUAACCUGCGCUCCAGAUACGAUGGAAGUUGAAAAGGUUUCUGUGGAGACAGCUGAGGGGGAGAAUGGUACUAUUAGGUCGAAUGAAGGGCCGGUUUUGGGUGAGGAAAAGGAGGCAUUGGAGAGGAAGGAGAGACGAAAAAACGAGAUUUUUGUUGGUGGUUUGGAGGGCCAUACUAAGGAGGAAGACAUUAGGAAAGUGUUUGAGGAGUUUGGGGUCAUUAUGGAAAUAAGAAUUCUGAUGUCUAAUGGCACGGGGAGGAACAGAGGGUAUGCCUUUGUGCGGUUUGAGUCGGCUGAUGGUGCUAAAAAUGCGUUGGCGAAAUAUUCUUAUGCUGAGAUAUGUGGAAAGCAAUGUAAUGUAGAACCAUCCGGGGGCAAUGAUACUAUAUGUCUCAGCAAUAUUGACAAAAAUUGGAAGACUGAAGAUCUGAUGACAUUGCUAGAGAAAGAAGAGAUUAAGAAUAUAGGUAAAGUGACUCUUAAGCCUGAUCCGAAUAAUGUUGGAAAGAAUCGUGGUUUUGCAUUUCUUGAGUUCAAAACAAGUAAAGCUGCCCAAACUGCCUUUGAUAAAUUCCAAAAAAAGAAUAUUUGGGGGAAAAAUCUGAUGGUAGAAGUUGCAUGGGCGAAACCAUUAUUAAAUGACCCUGAUGAAGAAGAAAAUAAGACCAGCAACUGUUUCCAAAAUAAAGAUGCUGCUCCCACAUGCAUAGAGGCUGUCACUAGAGAGAGAUUGCACGAUCAUGGCCCAAAGGUUAAUAAAGCUAUCCCACCUGCAACUGUAAAACCGAAAAUAAAUCAGAUAAAUCGAACAACACCUGAUUGGACUCCAAAGCAACUGGGCAAAACACAGCCAAAGGCUGUACAGAACUCCAUUAAACUGCACGAACCUAGACACGAGUGGAAGCCUGCUAGCAGUAGUUAUAAUGGUGCGAAGAUUGAUAACGGUCCUUCUGUUACAAAUGAACUUGUGCAAAUAUUGAGGCAACAAGCGUCAAAUAGGAAUUUCCAUCCACAACCACAAUCACAACCACUUCCAAGGACAGGAGCCAUAGCUCCAGACCUUCAUUUCCCUUCCCCUGGAAGCAAGCGACCAUUUUCACUUGUGGGAUACGAUCCAUGCCAUUUGGAGCUUCAGGGACAGUCAAGAGCACGUACAGAAAGUUCUUAUCCAAUUUUAGUCCCAAGUUCAUCAUCACUCGAUGCAAAUGCAUUACCUAUCCCAGGUCAUCCUCAACAAAUGCCUGCCCUCACAUUGGGGGCUCGUGUAGGAACAGGAAAUCAUCCUAGUCAUUUUCAGGAGAGAGGACAAGCUCCUUAUCAUAGAGACCACAACAUAUUCCGCAGAUCCGACCCGCCCCUCGACAUCCCUGACCUCCGCCGAACACAACCACAACGUCCUCUAUCUCCCUAUAACUAUGGCACCGUCUCGCUGGAAAAAUGGUACAGGAUUUCCACCGCCGUCGAACGUUGUGACGCCGGCGUCCGUGUCAGAGAAACCCGAUUCCACGGCAACCAGACGGACGACAUCAAAGAGACGUACGUGAAACGCCCGGAAGAUGAGAUAUAUGGCUUAUCAUUUCCCGGACGUGAAACGCCGGCGAGGUUUCGACCUUGCACAAUCGGACCGGACGCAGUAGACGGCGGGAUAGAGUCGGCCAGGCGGUG